UUUAGUCACUCACUUCUGAUCUUCUUUCUUCUUCUUACCGGCCCUACCUUCAGACAAUAUAUUCUAUUACCAUCAUAACUUCUUUUAUUUACACCUCUCUCUCUCUCUCUCUCUCUCUCUCUCUCUGUCUGAUCAGCAAUGAGCGUGAGAACAACCAAGAAGAUGAGAGGCUUCAUGUGCCAAUCUCCGGCGGCAACUGCAGUGUGCAUGGCAACCGAUUCUCGCUCGGUGGUUGUGCCCAGAAGGUCAUCGGAGAGAAGUAGUAUUCUUAUUGAUAAUAAACGCUUUGUGAUCAACAAUGCCAAGUACUCUAGGCUUGUUGAUCGGCCUCCUAAGCUUGCUGUGGGUACGAAGAAGAGAUCAGAUUCUGCCCCAUGCAAGAAAAGAGAACAAGAUCCGGAGCAUCAGCCAAACACCCUUCAGAAACCAUCUUCAAUAGCUUCGUCGGACAAUGUCUUCCAGUUGCUGCAGGUUGUUGUGAUGCGGGUAUCCAUUCACUGUCAAGGCUGUGCUGGCAAGGUUAAGAAGCAUCUCUCCAAAAUGGAAGGUGUUACUUCAUUCAGUAUCGACGUAGAAACAAAGAGAGUGACUGUGAUGGGACACGUUUCACCUGUGGUAGUCCUUGAGAGCGUUUCAAAGGUGAAGAAGGCAGAGUUUUGGCCCUGUUGAAUGUGAAUGAUGCUUAUUUACCUGAAAUAAAGAAAAAAAAAAAAAAUGGAAGCUAGGCUGCAGAAGUUGCACAUGCAGUGCCAAUUUGGAUCUAAAAUCUGUCUCUGCUAUAUUACAUUUAGAUAUGGAUGUGUUGAGUUUGGUGGUCCAAGUAGGCUAGAAAAAGGGAAAGGUUGGCAACAAUCUGAUCAUGUGAGUUUUAAUUGUAUUGACAGUGACAUGUGUUGGUUGGACGAAAAAUGGGGAAUCUCUAGUCUAUUGUUAUCCUAAAAUGUUCCACUUAGCACUGGAAACACCACACACGCACA